AUGAGCAGCAAUUCAUAUUUGGUGGUCGGAUUGCUAGAGAAGAUGGACUCUAGCGAUACCGAUUUUCGGUACAUGGCCACCAAUGAUUUAAUGAAUGAGCUUCAGAAGGAUGGGUUUACUUUGGAGGAAUCUACUGAAAAAAGAGUGGUUCAAAAAGUAAUAAAAUUAAUGGAUGAUGCUAAUGGAGAAGUGCAGAAUUUGGCAGUUAAAUGCCUCGCUCCACUUGUCAAAAAAGUUCGUGAGCCACAGCUGCAAGAAAUCGUUGAUCAACUUUGCAGCUACACAACACAACCAGGAAAAGAAGAAUUACGGGAUAUUGCUGGCAUUGGCUUGAAAACCGUCAUUGUUGAAAUACCAAGUAAUCCUAGUGCUAGUAAUGUGAUGCUACGAUUAAUUCCAAGACUUCUUGCACAGCUUGAAGAUACAAAUGCUACAUACGAAGUAAAAAUGGAUACCCUUGAUAUUUUAAGCGAACUCCUCGCCCGUUUUGGACAUUCCGUUGCUAAUAACCCACAAGUUCAAAAGAGAAUCCAAAAUGUUUUAGUACCACUUUUGGGUCAUUCGAGACCGGCCUUUAGAAAGAGAACUACUGUUGCUCUUGGUAAUCUCGUGACACAUACUCCUGACGACUUAUUUAAUGAAUUAGUACAACAAUUACUGGUGGAAUUCGGCAGAGCUGGCGAACAAAAUGAUAAAUUGAAAACAUUAGUUCAAUGCGUAGGGACAUUAAGGCACGUGAUUUAG